AUGGGCGCACAGGCAAAGUGUCCUCCAGUAUGCUACGUGUUGCAGAUAUGCUCUAACACGGGUCGGUGCAGGUAUUACUUGGCAAAAUUGGUGCAGGAGCAUGGUGGCAGCGUCGCCUCUGCGCUCACCGCCACGCGUGUUACGCACAUGGUCGGCUCCAACUUAAAUGGAUCCAAGGCCGACAAGGUAGUCAAGAGCUCCGGCAAAGUCAAGUUUGUUAGUCCAGAAUGGAUCUUAAAGUCCGUCAAGCAAAAGAAGCGCCAACCGGAGCAUGAAUACCUGGUCUACAAAGAUGCUCGUGCUGCCAGUUCGCUUCAGACUGCAUUUUCACGAACAGCACCACCAAAACAGUAA